UGUGUGCGGCUUGGUACGGUCUCCCAGGCUGUGCUGGGACUCAGGAGUGGCAGGAGGAAGAAGGUGUGAGGAGGCCGCAGGAGAAGCACUAUUCCCAGGCUGUCUGGCUGUGUGUGUUUCCCGGACCCUAGAUAGCUCUCUGAACCCUUGUCCUGGAGGACAUGCCGACACAGCGGGACAACACCAUGUCCCAGCCAGUAGAUCAUUCCCACCAGGUCCGGGUCAAGGCGUAUUUUAAAGGAGACAUCAUGAUUACACAUUUUGACCCCAAUAUCAACUAUGACGGGUUGUGCAAUGAGGUACGGGACAUGUGUUCAAUCGAGAAUGAGCAACUCUUUACCAUGAAGUGGAUUGACGAAGAAGGAGAUCCAUGCACUGUCUCCUCCCAACUGGAGCUGGAUGAAGCUUUCAGAUUGUAUGAACUCAAUAAGGAUUCUGAAUUGCUGAUCCACGUGUUUCCAUGUACACCAGACAGGCCUGGAAUGCCUUGCCCCGGAGAGGACAAAUCCAUCUAUCGACGUGGAGCAAGGCGGUGGAGGAAGCUUUACUGUGCAAAUGGUCACACUUUCCAGGCUAAAAGGUUUAAUAGGCGAGCACACUGUGCCAUUUGCACUGAUCGAAUAUGGGGGCUAGGACGUCAGGGCUACAAAUGCAUCAACUGUAAGCUGCUGGUUCAUAAGAAAUGCCACAAGCUUGUUACCAUAGAGUGUGGGCGACACACUAUAACAGAAUCUAUUAUCCCAAUGGACACACCAAGCAUGCACCCAGAACACCACGACCCAGAACUCCCUUACAGGCCUCAAAGCCAGGAUAACCUUGAUCAAGUUGGAGAAGAGAAAGAGGCAAUGAACAGCAGGGAGAGUGGCAAGGCCCACUCCAGUUUGGGCUUGCCGGAUUUUGACCUGCUACGAGUUAUUGGAAGAGGCAGCUAUGCUAAAGUUCUGCUGGUGCGGCUGAAGAAAACAGAACGUAUUUACGCUAUGAAAGUGGUGAAAAAGGAGCUUGUUAAUGACGAUGAGGAUAUUGACUGGGUACAGACAGAGAAACAUGUCUUUGAACAGGCUUCAAACCAUCCUUUCCUUGUAGGACUUCACUCCUGUUUCCAGACCGAGAGCAGACUGUUUUUUGUCAUUGAGUACGUAAACGGUGGCGAUCUAAUGUUUCACAUGCAACGUCAAAGAAAACUUCCAGAGGAACAUGCACGGUUUUAUUCUGCAGAAAUCAGUCUGGCAUUAAACUACCUUCACGAGCGGGGGAUUAUUUAUAGGGAUUUAAAGCUGGACAAUGUCUUAUUGGAUUCUGAAGGGCACAUAAAACUUACUGACUAUGGCAUGUGCAAGGAAGGGCUUAGGCCUGGAGAUACGACCAGCACCUUCUGCGGCACUCCAAAUUACAUUGCACCAGAAAUCCUGCGAGGAGAAGAUUAUGGUUUCAGUGUGGACUGGUGGGCUCUUGGGGUCUUGAUGUUUGAGAUGAUGGCUGGAAGGUCACCGUUCGAUAUUGUUGGGAGCACUGACAAUCCGGACCAAAACACAGAGGAUUUUCUUUUCCAAGUCAUUCUGGAAAAGCAAAUCCGUAUUCCUCGAUCUCUGUCUGUGAAAGCAGCUAGCGUAUUAAAGAGCUUUCUUAACAAAGAACCAAAGGACCGGCUUGGCUGUCAUCCACAGACUGGGUUUGCUGAUAUCCAGGGCCAUCAAUUCUUCCGCAAUGUUGACUGGGACCUUAUGGAGCAAAAACAAGUGGUUCCUCCCUUCAAACCGAACAUAUGCGGAGAAUUUGGAUUAGAUAAUUUUGAUGUACAGUUCACAAACGAACCAGUCCAGCUUACUCCUGAUGAUGAUGAUGUUGUGAGGAAGAUUGACCAAUCGGAGUUUGAAGGUUUUGAAUAUAUCAAUCCUCUUUUGAUGUCUGCUGAAGAAUGUGUAUGAUUCUAUGGCGGUUCCUAGAAGACGUUUUGGCCUAAUCAGUGACGAGGUUAUUCUGCUGAGCAGAUACUUGUGCUUGAAGAUGAUCCAGGAACAACACUGUCUACUAUGUUGUGUCAUGCUGCUGCAUUUAAUAUCUGCUAUUUAAACAUCUGAAUCACUGAAAUAGGACCUGUUAAAUGCCUGGACUAUUUAUGAACUUAACAUGAUUACUGUUUCACCCCAUUCCACAUGAUGGCCUUUUUUUUUUCCGCAUCACUUUAUUAGUAAUGGUAAAACACGGAGCAACAUCUUAAUUUAUGGUGUCUGGAAUGCAUAAAAAAUACUCUUGUACGGGAAAUGGGACACAUGCCAAAAACGUAUAUUUAAACGUGGACCUUUUCUAUUUUAUACCAUGUUUUGUGGUAUACAAGAUGUGAAGGGGAAAUACGUUUAUUGUCGUCGUCCCCCCCUCCCAAUCCUUCUAUAACGUUGUAUACGAGCUACCACUUCUAUGCUAAUAGCCACGUUGUGAGGUUGCCUUUAGGUUCAGUAAUUAGUUUCACUCUCAUUAGUUGGCUGUGCUUAGGUUUUUAAAUAGAGGUUGACUGUGAGCAUCAUGCUAAGUGCUGACAGAUGCCUGUGGCUCCCCUGUCCUUGAAUCAAUGAUGGACAAGUCGUGACAGGGAGCUUUGGAAUAGCACGCUGAACUUGUGUUCCAUUAGACUGACUUAUGCACUGUGAUACUGAUUCUGCAAGUGAAACCCAUGAAACGCAUUGCUUUUGGUACUCACUGUGUUUUUGCGCAGUGUAUUCCUAUUGAAACAUUUAUUCUGCUCCAUAAAAAUAGCACCUGAUUGCUACAGUAUACCCAGGUUUGUAACACUCUUAUUCUGAUUUUAGACAUAUGAAUUGGAACACUGAAGGGUUUAAUCCCUAAACAGUGAAUUUGCGUACAAAAUAAUCCAAAAAUGGGGUAUUGCUGAAUGUGAGAAUUAUUCUAGCUUGACCUCAAUAUUGCAAAUUCUGUUUUGAAUUGACCAGAUCUCACUGUUUAGUGAAUAAACUUUAAUUUAGCAUAACCACUUUUAAAUUAAAAGAGCCUAUUUAACAAUGUAUUUCCGCUAAGCUAUGGAAGUAAGGAUCACUGUAUUGAAGAAGAUUGUACGUCAAAUCUUAUUCAUUAAGAAUCAUGAAAAAAUGAAGCACACACAUAUAUUUAUAAAAUAUAUACACACACUAUAAUGUGUAUGCAGCACAGUGCUUUGUAUGCUAUCUUAGGAAGCACGAAGGGUUAAAUGAAUUUCAGAAAGGUUGUGAAGUGUAUUAUUGUAGAAGCUUUGAGUCUUACUGAAAUUAAAUCUAGUUAAAAGCAGCCAUUCUCGUGCAGUUAACUCCUCCAUAGCCAAUGGGGACCUCUGUUAUUGGAGGGUCAAAAUGCUCAGUACAGUUCUGUACUUGUGCCAAAUGAAAUGGCUUUCUUCUUUUUCAUAUGCCUCAAAGAUUGAAGCUCUGCAGGGACUCUACUUAGAAAUACUUUAAAGUACAUGGAUUCAUAUUUUUUUUUUUUUAAUACAACCACUAUAGUUUUAAAAAAUGAUUUUAUUUAUGGCCUGUCGGAAAUUAUUCCCUGGUACUGUACACAAAAAAAGUACUAUUUCUCUACUGGCUGCUGUUUCCGGAGAAGCCCACGCUUUUCCACUUAAUAUUCCAAUGUCAACCCAUUUUUUGUUCUUUAUUCUCUCUUCGAUUAGCCAGUCGGCAGCACUGACUGUUGUCAGAGUACAAAUCUGGCUGUAUCAGAAUAGUGGGAGUGGGAAUCUGUUGAAAACUGGAAAAAUGCACAUCCCAGAUUUAUACAUUCUGAUCCCUGCCCUUUAAACAUUUUUAUAUAAACUACUGUCUUGACUGGGUUUCUGUUGGACAGAAUUCCGAUCAUGUUAAAAGUGUAUCUUUAUGGAUUUCAUUUUAUUUGUAUUUUUAUAAGGUGUAUAGCUUAGAGUGGAUAGUGGGAAAUGUAACCUAAAUAUCCUUACUUUGCCUGUUGGAGAGAGGGGUGGAGAAUGUGCCCGUCACAGAUGGAUCUAGAUAUCCUAACUGAACAUGAUGGUCGGUGAAGGAGUAAUAAAAUGUUCCCUUCUCCGAUGUACUUUGCUGCCUUAUAACCUGUUAGAUCUGCAGCGGAAGUGUUAAUGAGAUUCCCUAAAUAGUGACACAGUUCAUUGAGGAGUGUGGCAUGCUGAUUAGAAUAAAACAACAUUAAUAAGCAUAUUUAUUUCAUUAUAUUGAUUUUCUUUAAUUUACAAUUAAAUCUACUUCAGCCACCACAAUUCACAAUAGAACAAAAAGCAAACGUUGGCAGACAAGAGGCAGACAAUCAGGGAUUCUGAUUCUUUACCAACCCUGGUGGUUACCCAAUGUAUUAACCAACGUACUAAAAUAAGCCUACAUCUGUUAUAUGGCUUCAUUUCAAUCUGCUGUUGAUACCGGGGAGCCAACACUCUAAUAGAAUAUUAUCAGAAAGCCUGAUUUUACGUUUUUACACGACCCAGAACCCACUCUAAUUUUAGAGAUCUGUGCUCAAGCUUGCUAUUUAAAGGGAUACAAUUAUUGUUUUUGAGAUCCAGCUACCUCUGUGAUUUGUUAAAGGCCCCCAAAGUGACAGAAGGGUUAAUAUCUUCCUUAUGUUGGAAAAACACUACACACAAGAUCUGCAAUGCCCACGUCAUCUGAAUAUAUGAUCCAAGGAUUAAUUUGCACUGAUGGUGGCUUUGCAUCAAUGAGUGGUUGUAUAAUCCAUUGUGUCUUUACUGGGAGAACAUUCUGAAUCUUGACAUUUUAUUACAGAACUCACCUAUUGAUGCCUUCACUGUCAUUCGUUUAAUUUUAUGAACUUAACAUUAUGGAUGUUAAUUUUUUUUUUUUUAUGUAGUUUUACAUUGUGUAUCUUUAUUUUAAAUGUUUUUGUUUUGGUUUUUUUAGGGAUACGUUUUUUUGGUUUUUUUUAUACUUCAUUGCACAAAAUCCUUAAAUUUGUAUGCAUUCAAUGAUUUGUAUGUACUACAUCAUAUGUAUUGUUUUGUUACGUGGACCAGAUUCUCUAAAGGAUGCGUGUGCAUUAUUGGCAUAAAUUACAAUAUGCUUAGACAUCUCUUGGGUGGGUUUAUUCCCUAUAUACUGGAUUGGCUUAAAUUUUACACCAAACUGUACAA